AGGCCCGUUUGUGUCUAAACGGAGGCUCGGCCACAACGCCACUGGAUUGGUGGUAGGGCGGGGCGGGCCACAGUCUCCAGCCUGAAGCGGAAGUGGAGAAAAGAUGGAGGACCAUCAGCACGUGCCCAUCGACAUCCAGACCAGCAAGCUGCUCGAUUGGCUGGUGGACAGAAGGCACUGCAGCCUGAAAUGGCAGAGUCUGGUGCUGACGAUCCGCGAGAAGAUCAAUGCUGCCAUCCAGGACAUGCCAGAGAGCGAAGAGAUCGCCCAGCUGCUGUCUGGGUCCUACAUUCACUACUUUCACUGCCUAAGAAUCCUGGACCUUCUCAAAGGCACAGAGGCCUCCACGAAGAAUAUUUUUGGCCGAUACUCUUCACAGCGGAUGAAGGAUUGGCAGGAGAUUAUAGCCCUGUAUGAGAAGGACAACACCUACUUAGUGGAACUCUCUAGCCUCCUGGUUCGGAAUGUCAACUAUGAGAUCCCCUCACUGAAGAAGCAGAUUGCCAAGUGCCAGCAGCUGCAACAAGAAUACAGCCGCAAGGAGGAGGAGUGCCAGGCAGGGGCUGCCGAGAUGCGGGAGCAGUUCUACCACUCCUGCAAGCAGUAUGGCAUCAUGGGCGAAAAUGUCCGAGGAGAACUGCUGGCCCUGGUGAAGGACCUGCCGAGUCAGCUGGCUGAGAUUGGGGCAGCGGCUCAGCAGUCCCUGGGGGAAGCCAUUGACGUGUACCAGGCAUCUGUGGGGUUUGUGUGUGAGAGCCCCACAGAGCAGGUGUUGCCAAUGCUGCGGUUCGUGCAGAAGCGGGGAAACUCAACGGUGUACGAGUGGAGGACAGGGACAGAGCCCUCUGUGGUGGAACGACCCCACCUCGAGGAGCUUCCUGAGCAGGUGGCAGAAGAUGCGAUUGACUGGGGCGACUUUGGGGUAGAGGCAGUGUCUGAGGGGACUGACUCUGGCAUCUCUGCUGAGGCUGCUGGAAUCGACUGGGGCAUCUUCCCGGAAUCAGAUUCAAAGGAUCCUGGAGGUGAUGGGAUAGACUGGGGAGACGAUGCUGUUGCUUUGCAGAUCACAGUGCUGGAAGCAGGAACCCAGGCUCCAGAAGGUGUUGCCAGGGGCCCAGAUGCCCUGACACUGCUUGAAUACACUGAGACCCGGAAUCAGUUCCUUGAUGAGCUCAUGGAGCUUGAGAUCUUCUUAGCCCAGAGAGCAGUGGAGUUGAGUGAGGAGGCAGAUGUCCUGUCUGUGAGCCAGUUCCAGCUGGCUCCAGCCAUCCUGCAGGGCCAGACCAAAGAGAAGAUGGUUACCAUGGUGUCAGUGCUGGAGGAUCUGAUUGGCAAGCUUACCAGUCUUCAGUUGCAACACCUGUUUAUGAUCCUGGCCUCACCAAGGUAUGUGGACCGAGUGACUGAAUUCCUCCAGCAAAAGCUGAAGCAGUCCCAGCUGCUGGCUUUGAAGAAAGAGCUGAUGGUGCAGAAGCAGCAGGAGGCACUUGAGGAGCAGGCGGCUCUGGAGCCUAAGCUGGACCUGCUGCUGGAGAAGACCAAGGAGCUGCAGAAGCUGAUUGAAGCUGACAUCUCCAGGAGGCAAAAGACCAGGCUGACUGGAAGAUGGAAAGCCACAGGAAGGAAGCGGCACCUGAUGGUGAUCUUGGCACUCUCCGUGUUCUCUACAAGAAGCUGUGGUGAUUGGCCCUGUGGUCUAUCAGGCGAAAACCACAGAUUCUCCUUCUAGUUAGUAUAGCGGACUUAAUAAAAGAGGAAAAAACUCU